AUGUUGGUGCAAAAAGUCGGUUUAUACCUCCAGACUGGAGUCAUGUUAGCUUACGUGAUUUGUUUGAGCCUCGUCCUUCGCGCCUUGCACUUGGUCUCGCCGGCCUUGGCCAAGAAGGCUAUCCUGAAGAUUAACCAGGGGACCACCAUGAGCGAGAACCCCAAGUUCACCUUCGACGACUGGGGGCCCACCUUUUUGUCCUACGAGUUCGUCCGAACCGCGUCGGAGCACAUGUGGUCGUCGCUUGGACAGAAGGCGUUCGUGGGGGAGCGAGCUCCGGACUCGCCCGUGGUCACAAUGGACGAGCGCGAGACCUCCAUCUGCAACUUCUUCAACGGUUCCCGGCCGCUGGUGCUGAACUUUGGUAGCUGCACCUGACCCCCAUUCAUGUUUAAGCUGGACGCCUUCAAGCAGCUCGUCCGCGACUUUGGCCACAUGGCAGACUUUCUGGUUGUUUACAUUGAAGAAGCGCACUCUACUGACAGCUGGGCCUUCACCAACAACAUCCAAGUUAACAAGCACCGGAACCUUCAGGACAGGCUGGCCGCAGCUAAAAUCCUCCUUGAGGAGGAACCGCUGUGUCCUGUGGUGGUAGACCCAAUGAACAACAUGGCUUCCGUGGAGUACGGCGCACAACCCGAGAGACUCUACGUGCUACACAAGGGCAACGUGCUCUACAAGGGCGGCAUGGGGCCUUGGGGCUACAAACCACAGGAGGUGCGCUCAGUCCUGGAGAAGAUGAAGUAG